GACAAAUGUCAACCAACCAAGAUUCAGUAGUGACACGUGAAAGUAUCGUCGCUCGUCGGAUUUUGAUUCUGUCAUGGAAGUUUCCUUGAAUUUCAGUGGUGGAGCUGAGUUACUCUUUGGAAAAAUCAAGCAUCAUACAAUUAAUCUGCCUGCUGAGGAAGCGUGGAGUAUGAGGAAACUGCUUAAUUGGAUAAAAGAUAAUCUAUUGAAAGAGAGACCUGAGCUUUUUCUUCAAGGAGAUACAGUGAGACCUGGAAUUUUAGUGCUUGUUAACAAUGCUGACUGGGAAUUAGUGGGACAGCUGGAUUAUCACUUGCAGAAUAAGGAUGACUUAGUUUUCAUAUCAACACUUCACGGAGGAUAGAUGGUGACCUUACUCAUUUUUUAUUUGUCAAUUUGGCAGUGUCUUUCAUCCAAAUUUGUGAAUACAUUGAACCAAAAAGGA